AUGGCUCGCGAUGGUGAUGAGCCGCCUUGCAGAAGGCAACGAAUGGAUAAUGUUUGGGAAAUAAGUGACAAUGUCCCAUCGCAUGAAGAUGAAGUGCUUGGAUUGGAAGUAGAUCAAGAUGAAGGAAUAGCAUUAGAUACAAUCAUUUCAUCAUGGCGAAACAAAUGCGAACUAACCGCACACAUGUUGGCGUGUUUCAAGGAAUUCCGUCGUGUGAAUCCUGGCGAUGAAAUUCGAUUGAAAGCCAAGUGUAAACUAUGCGAUGACAAUUCACCGUAUAAGUUUUUUCACAAGGGCAAUAAUUCGAAUUUGAAGUCUCAUUUGAGCAAGGUGCAUCCGUCACAUUUCAAACGAAUUGUAGCUGUGUCCGAGGAGGAAAAGAAUGAGAAAGUGUUUGAACGCAAUGACAAGUCCAACCCAUUGUCAUGCUCACUCAUUGAGUGUGCAAUUUUAAACUUCCUCAUUAAGGAAAGACUCCCAAUCUCAAAAUCAAAUAGCAUCCACUUGACCAAACUUAUUGACGGCACUUGCCAACAAGCAUCGCGCUGAUCUGAUCGAAACAUUCAAAUCGGUUGACUAUUUUAGCGCAACGUCGGACAUGUGGACUCGCUCUAAUCGUUCCUUUAUUGCGUUAGUGUUCACUAUUAUGAUCCCGUGAAGCUCGAAUUGAAAACAGCAUUCAUUGCGUGCGAAAGUUUCGAGGGAAAUCACACGAACGACCGAGUAGCCCAAAAGUUACAUCCAAUAUUCGAACUUUUCGGGAUUUUGGAAAAAGUUUUCUUUAUUACGACGGAUGGCGCUGGUGAAUAUGCCGCGGCCUUACGAAAUUAUGGCGACAA